CGUUCUCAUAAAAAUCAACAUUGGAGACGCUCAGGAAUGGAGGUCCACGUGAAAUACCUGUCAUCAGGAGUCAAUCAAACUCCUGAGGCUCUGCAGUGGGGACCAGAUGGAAGAAUAUUAUAUGCAGCCAGCACAGGAGUUUUGUUAUAUGACCCAAAGGAUGGCAGCAUCAUUGGAGCAGGCACAAAGGUCCACAGCAACAAGGUCACGUAUGCACAAUGGGUACAGCCAGCACCCUCCUCUGGUCCAGUGUUGGUUACUACUGGUGCCGACUCCAAAGCAGUUGUCUGGACUGUCUCAGAUAAAGAAGAAGAGGGGCUUUUAGUUUUGCACCCUAAGGCUAUCUUAGAUCACAAGUCACAUGUUCCAUUAUGUGAUGCAACGACCAUUACAGACAAUGGUAAAGAGAAAAUAUUUAUUGUGACUGUGACAACAGACAGCCUCACAAGUUGGUCUGUUUGCCCUGAAACUGGGGAGUUUGAAUGUCUGAAUUCCACUACACCACCUGGAAGAGCUUUUAUAUUGAAGUUGAAGUUCUGUAAUGUUGAUGGUUCAAAAUACCCUUUCCUGGUAUGUGGAGGCCAUGACAGCAAGAUACAUAUCAUGACAGCUAAAGAGCUUGGAAAGUAUGUUCCAACUGCAGUCCUCAUUGGCCAUGAAGAUUGGGUUGUGGCUUUAGAUUUCAUGAAGGAAGAUAGUGGAGACAUGCUUUUGGCCAGUGGUUCAAAAGAUGCUUCAGUACGCUUGUGGAAAUUCACCACGCAGAAAGGUGGUAAGGAGAAGCAAGACACAGACCAAAAAGGGGAUGACAUACUAAAGUUAAAAAGUGUCACCUUUCAAGUUCCAGCAGACAAGGAAGAAAUCACUCUAUCUGUGUCAUUAGAUGCGAUAUUGGCAGGGCACGAAGGACUUGUCUCCGGAGUUCAUUGGGCUCGACCUAUCACAAAAGACUGCCAAGUUCAUCAACCCUUCAGACUCCUAACCUGUUCCAAGACCCAGGAUCGCUCCAUCAUUAUUUGGGAGCCAGAAGGAGGGGCUGAUACUGGGAGUGGCAUUUGGCUUGAGGUGGCACGGCUUGGAGAAGUCGGAGGCAAUAUGGAAGGAUAUUAUGGGUGCCAGUUUAGCCCAGAUGGUAUGCAGGUGAUAGGCUGCAGCUAUCAGGGUGGACUCCAUCUGUGGGAGAACCAGUCAGGAGUCUGGGAGCCUUGUGUGGUUGUUGGUGGGCACUUCGACCAGGUGGUGGAUAUUGCAUGGGACCCACUAGGAAGAUAUUUGUUAUCAGCCAGCAAAGACCAAACUACUCGCCUGCAUGCCCCUUGGAGACCUUCCAGUGGAAAAGAGGCUUGGCAUGAAGUAGGACGCCCUCAGGUUCAUGGCUAUGAUAUGGCCUGCAUUGCAAGACUCGGAAGAUUCAGGUUUGCCUCUGGUGCUGAAGAGAAGGUUGUAAGAGGGUUCACCGCGCCUGCUAACUUUAUUCGUAAUUUUGGUCAAAUCUGCAAUGUGAAUGUCGAAGAUGAUCUGGAAAAGUGUAAGGUUGGUGAAGGUGCAUCUGUGCCUUCUCUAGGUUUGUCCAAUAAAGCGGUGACCAUAACCGACCUUCAGGAAGAGCAGCAAAUACAGGAGGAGGGAAUGGAAGAGGUUCAGGCAUACUUCAAGCUAUUAUCUCUUACAGCUCCCCCAACGGAAGAUCAGUUGAUGCAGAAUACGCUAUGGCCAGAAGGAGCAAAGUUAUAUGGCCAUGGUAAUGAUCUUAUUGCACUGGCCGCCAACUCUGAUGGAACCCUCUUGGCGUCUUCGUGUAAAGCUUCUCACGAAAUGGAUGCCCACAUCAUUCUCUGGGACACAAAUACAUGGCAUCAGGUGGAUGUCCUAGCAAAGCAUCGCCUCACCGUCACACAGAUGGCCUUCUCUCCUAAUGAUGAAUAUCUUCUAUCAGUCUCUCGUGAUCGUACCUGGACAGUCUUUAAAAAAGAGGUUUCACCAGAAGGUACCACAUACAAAGUGUCAGAUUUUUCAAAGAAGAAGGAUAGCAUGCACGGGCGAGUCAUUUGGUCGUGUGCUUGGAUGUCUGACUCGCAGCGUUUCAUAACAGCUUCACGAGACAAGACCUUAGGAGUUUGGUGCCAAAGUGAGGCCGGCUGGGUGAGGGAGACACUCCUGAACGAGACCAAUGAAGCAGUG